GACGGAGGAGACAAGAUGGCGCUGCGGGCGAUGCGGGGAAUCGUGAACGGGGCCGCGCCGGAGCUGCCGGUGCCCCCCGGCGGGCCCGCGGUGGGGUCUCGGGAGCAGGCGCUGGCCGUCAGUCGGAACUACCUCUCCCAGCCUCGCCUCACGUACAAGACGGUAUCAGGAGUCAAUGGUCCACUAGUGAUCUUAGAUCAUGUUAAGUUUCCGAGAUAUGCUGAGAUUGUCCACUUGACAUUACCUGAUGGCACAAAGAGAAGUGGACAAGUUCUAGAAGUUAGUGGUUCCAAAGCAGUGGUUCAGGUGUUUGAGGGGACUUCAGGUAUAGAUGCCAAGAAAACCUCCUGUGAGUUUACUGGGGAUAUUCUCCGAACGCCAGUGUCUGAGGAUAUGCUUGGUCGAGUAUUCAAUGGAUCAGGAAAACCCAUUGACAGAGGUCCUGUGGUACUGGCUGAAGACUUCCUUGACAUCAUGGGCCAGCCAAUCAAUCCUCAGUGUCGAAUCUACCCAGAGGAGAUGAUUCAGACCGGCAUUUCGGCCAUAGAUGGCAUGAACAGUAUUGCUAGGGGGCAGAAAAUUCCUAUCUUCUCUGCUGCUGGCUUACCACACAAUGAGAUUGCAGCUCAAAUCUGUCGCCAGGCUGGUUUGGUAAAGAAAUCCAAAGAUGUAGUGGACUACAGUGAAGAAAAUUUUGCAAUUGUGUUUGCCGCUAUGGGUGUAAACAUGGAAACUGCCCGGUUCUUCAAAUCUGACUUUGAAGAAAAUGGCUCAAUGGACAAUGUUUGCCUCUUUUUGAACUUGGCUAAUGACCCAACUAUUGAGCGAAUUAUCACUCCUCGCUUGGCUCUCACCACAGCCGAAUUUCUGGCCUAUCAAUGUGAGAAACACGUGUUGGUUAUCCUAACAGACAUGAGUUCUUAUGCUGAAGCACUUCGAGAGGUUUCAGCAGCCAGAGAAGAAGUUCCUGGUCGACGAGGUUUCCCAGGUUACAUGUAUACAGAUUUAGCUACAAUAUAUGAACGUGCUGGUCGAGUGGAAGGUAGAAACGGCUCUAUUACUCAAAUCCCUAUUCUCACCAUGCCUAAUGAUGAUAUCACUCACCCCAUCCCUGACUUGACUGGAUAUAUUACAGAGGGGCAGAUCUAUGUGGACAGACAGCUACACAACAGACAGAUUUACCCACCUAUUAAUGUGCUACCCUCAUUAUCCCGGUUGAUGAAGUCUGCUAUUGGAGAAGGUAUGACCAGGAAGGAUCAUGCUGACGUAUCUAACCAGCUGUAUGCAUGCUAUGCUAUUGGUAAGGAUGUGCAAGCCAUGAAAGCCGUAGUUGGAGAAGAAGCCCUUACCUCAGAUGAUCUUCUUUACUUGGAAUUUCUGCAGAAAUUUGAGAGGAACUUUAUUGCUCAGGGUCCUUAUGAAAACCGCACUGUCUAUGAGACUUUGGACAUUGGCUGGCAACUGCUCCGAAUCUUUCCCAAAGAAAUGCUGAAGAGAAUCCCUCAGAGCACCCUGAGUGAAUUUUACCCUCGAGACUCUGCAAAACAUUAGCUGCUGCUUCAUCGCUGACUUGAUAAUCUUGUGAAAUACUGGUUCUGUUUUCUUUAUUCCUUUUGCACUCCCCCAUCCCCACUUUUGUGUUGGAGUUUGCCGUGUUACCCUGUAAUUAAAAACAAAUAACAGGUAACAUAUUGUGCCAGUGUUGCAAUGUUUUAAACUGCUAACAGAUUUUAAAAUAUCCCCUGUUCAGAAAACCUGGAUCUUCAGUGCUUUGUUUAAAGUAGCUACAGGGAUGGAGGUGAAGUCUUGCUGAUACUGUAUUUGUACACAGUGCUGUAGUCGGUUGUCUAAUCAUGUCCUCAUUCGGGUCUCCUAGAUCUUAUUUCUCCACCUCCUCAAGAGUAUCACUCUCUGAAGUUACAAUGCUGUGAUCUCCAAAUUAGGGGCGGGAUCAGGUCUGAAAGAAGCUUUCUCUCAGAAGAGCCAAAAGACUCUGCUGAGCGUUUGGUUUUGGAUUGUUGGUGUGCCCCCAGGUCUGUGCUCUGCUCUAAGCAGAUGGUUUUUCUUGUCCACCUGCUCUUUCCUACUUAAUGACAAGAUUAGAAAAGGAGUUUCCUUUUCCUCUUCAGUAGGUGUGAGUUGGGACUCCUGUGUCUUCUGUUCUCCCUCCCUCUGAGUAAUAGAAUCGUGCAGCUUUUGCACGGCUGGCAUUGAUCUGAUAGUAGCGAGAUGCUGUCUUGAUGAUCUUUACUGGGUUUCCAUGCAGAGGAAUCAUAAUUAAAAUAACUAUUAGAAUUGUUGCUUGGAAAGAGUUAGGGUAUAAUAAAAGAAAAAAGAAGAAAGAAAAACCUAUAUCCGUUCAACAUUUGGAUGUGCUAAUGGUGGUUUAAGUUUCUAAAGUGUUUACCAGAUGCCGAAGGGGAGGAGAAAGCUCUUCUGUGUAUGGAUAUUUUAAGCUCUGUUGGAGAGCAGCCUUUGGAAAAUCCCCUAUUUGGUCCUGCUUUCUGACCUGUGUCUGCCUUUUGAGGGUAGUUUUGUGGCUCAAGUGAUACCAUGUAAAAGCUUUAGCCUUUAAUCAUGCUCCUUCCUGUUGUGAGCCCUGAGCUGUCUUUGAUGCCCUUCUGCCAUGUCUACUGUUUGGUCUCUGUGUUCUUUAUUACUUAGGUGUAAUAGCAACUUCUCUACUCUGUGCAUUCCAUCUUUCAAGUUGUGUAAAGUUCUUCACUUUUUUCCCUAAGGGUGUAGGGGGUGGGGGAGUCAGCAUGAUUAUAUUUUAAUGUAGAAAAUGUAACAUCUGGAUAGAAAAUGAAAAUAAAUGUUAAAUUAAAUGGAAGUUACCUAAAGAGACUCUGUAUCUUCUGAUCAGAAAAGCAGUAACAACAAGCAAAUAUAUAAUAUAAUCACC